AUGCCUCCUUCAAAAAUCUCUCGAGAAGAUGUUCUUAAAUACGAUACGUUUCUUUUUGACGCUGACGGCGUUCUCUGGACUGGCGAUAUUCCCAUUUCGGGAGCCAUAGAUUUCGUUGCUACUCUUUUUCGAGCAGGCAAAUCCGUCUUUAUUAUAAGCAACAACUCGACGAAAACCUUAGAUCAGUACGUGGAAAAAGUUGCAAAAAUGGGAUUUGAAGGAUUCUCUAAGAAAAACAUCAUAACUCCAGCAAUCGUUUUGUCUGUAUAUUUGCGGGACCGACCGGAAUAUGCAGGACAACCGGUUUAUCUCUUGGGAAUGGAAAAUCUAGAAAGGGCAUUGGAAAGUGUGGCAGGAGUGCAUUGUAUUGGUGUUGGACCUGACCAUUUCGUGGAUCAUUCAUCUUCCGACUUCAUCUUCAACCUAGAUUUGUCACUUAUGCCAAAGGCAGUUAUAUGCAGCUAUGACGCGCAUCUCAGCUAUCCAAAAAUUAUGAAGGCUGCAAAUUUUUUGAAGCGGAAUGGAGUUGAAUUCUUUGCAACGAAUGAAGAUUACACAUUUCCUGGACCAAAUCCGGAUAUUGUUAUUCCUGGUGCCGGUUGCACAUCUGCCGCAGUUCGAGCAGUGUCCGGUCGUACUCCGAUCGUUUUCGGCAAACCACAUAAGCCCAUAGCGGAUUUUCUACGGAAUCACGAACAUAUUGACGCCAACAAGACGAUUAUGUUUGGCGAUCGACUUGACACCGACAUCCAGUUUGCGAACGAUAACGGUUUCACGAGCUGUUUAAUGCUUACCGGGGUAAGCUCAUUGGAAGACGUGGAAAACGCGAAGAAACGUGGAGAAACGAACCGUAUCCCUAAACACACUGGCCAGCAAAUGAAUCCUAGCGAAUGGCAGAAGCAGAGUCACUCGAGCCUUCUUAGCACCUCUGAGAAUAUUUAUGAAUUUGCCACUCACAAUUAUCAUCCCGGUGAGAAGGAAAGAUAUCUGGAUACCUUUGUCGGCUCAUGGACAGUGUCCUUUGGCAGAACCAAAGAUCAGGCUAUACAUCUUUGGCGAUACACUAAAGGGUACAAGGACGUGGAUAGGUUCGUCUAUUUUUUUUCGGAAGGAAAUGCAGUUUCUUGA